AAAUGUCUUGGAAGGUUCUACUGGUAGUGUCAGUGGUCAGCUACGCCGUUUUCGCGUUUGACUCCAAGAAAACGACCCGAGAGAUACUCGACAAAUGGUCGGCGAAGGCCGCGAAGGAGUAUCCCGACUGUGUGCAAUCGUCUGGUGCCACGCAAGAGGAAGUGGACAACUUCUUCCAGUUGCAGACUCGUGCCGUCUCGCCAAAUGUCAAGUGCUAUAUAUACUGCUUGUUCAAGUCUUUCAAGUUCAUCAACCAGGAUGGAACCUUUAACAAGGACGAAUUGGUAAAGGAUAUUGAAAAGGCAACAGAUGAGAUGAUCCAAUUUUGCGCGACGAAUUUCGCUAAUGAAACGGACCCCUGCGCAUUUACUUAUGGAAUUGCUGAUUGUGCAUUGCAUUAUGAGCAUGUAUAUGUUUAAAGGUUGCUAGUGUCUUUUCUAAUGGGGUGUAGGUAUCCACAGUGUGAUAAAUGGUAUAGUACUGUUAGCCAAACCAAUGUUCGAAUAAUAAAAUUCUCACAAAGCACGUUA